AUGGUGAGCUGUGAUCCGAUCUGUCCAAGUUGUGGUCAAGAGGAAGAAUCAACCUUUCAUGCCCUUUGGUCCUGUCCGGCCUUAGUGGAGGUUUGGUCUCUUCACUUUGCUUGGCUAAUCAGGCAAACGAGGAGGUGUUCUAAGUUUCUGGAUAUUGUUCAAGUGUGCUGCUCAAGAAGUGAGUCCUUUGAUAUGUUUGCAAUCAUAACCUCUCUUAUUUGGACACGUCGGAACAGAUUAAGAGUGGGUGAAACUCCCCUACCGCUGCAGAAGAUCAAUUCCGUGGCUUUUGAUUCUCUCCAAGAAUUCCAGGAGGCAUCUCUGUCUCGGUGUGGCCCUUCUCUUCCCCCCUGUUCAGUCAAAUGGUCUCCGCCUCCUGUAAGUUGGGUGAAAGUCAACUUUGAUGGGGCGUUAUUCAAGGAGUCCGACUCUGCUGGGUUGGGGGUGAUUAUAAGAAACGACCUUGGUCAAGUUAUGGCUGCCUCGGCACAAACCAUUCCGGUGCCUACUUCGGUAGAGACGGUGGAAGUGCUGGCAGCCCGCAAUGCCAUAUGUCUUGCUAGGGAGCUUCAGUUCAACAAGAUAAUUAUCGAAGGUGAUUCGGAAGUGGUGAUUAAAACUCUUAACAGGUCUUGCGCCUCUUCCACCAGCUUUGGGCAUAUAAUCCGUGACAUCAAGUGUGCUGCUGCUGCUGCUUUCAGUGAGAUCAAUUUCUGCCACACUCGCAGACAAGGCAACAAAGUAGCUCACGCGAUAGUUAGAAGUGCAUGUAAUUUUUCUCCUUUUAUUGUCUGGAUGGAGGAUGUUCCUCCAGACAUCCUCUCUGUGUACACUUCUGAAUUAGUGUAA